AUGGGCCGCGUUCGCACGAAGACCACCAAGAGGGCCUCCCGGGUGCUCAUCGAGAAGUACUACCCGCGUCUCACGCUUGACUUCCACACGAACAAGCGUAUCAUCGAUGAAGUUGCUGACGUUCCCUCGAAACGCCUCCGCAACAAGGUCGCUGGCUUCACGACCCACUUGAUGAAGCGUAUCCAGAAGGGUCCCGUCCGCGGCAUUUCCUUCAAGCUCCAGGAGGAGGAGCGUGAGCGCAAGGACAACUACGUCCCUGAGGUCUCCGCCCUCGACACCUCCGUCAACGGCCUCGAGGUCGACCCUGACACCAAGGAUCUCCUGCGCUCCCUCAACUUCGACUCCGUUGCUGUCAACGUGGUCGUGCCCGUCAUCGCGGUCCCCGAUCGCGGCCCCCGGCGAGACCGCCGCAACGUGCCGGGCGCUGGGCGGUAA